AUGCCGGGGUUGUUAAAGUGGAAGAAGCGUUGUAGUCCCGUCGCGAUGCGCCCAAGUAGGGGUUUGGUACCGUCUCCACGGAAGUCGCCCUCAAAACAGCGUUCCAGUGCGCACAGCGCAGCCGCGGGCGAGGAAUGUUAUGAACUGCAGGCGGUUCCAUCUGUCAUUCCGGCACUCCAAGCGAUUAGUGCCGUGCGCCGCGCGGGAGCUCUGAUGGCUCGUGUAAUGAGUCCAACAGCGGAUCGAAUAGAAGGAGAGUUGUGGUAUAUUGCAGGGGAAUACGGGCCGGGAAAGGGAAAUGCCGCUGCACCCCAGUGGGUGACGUGCGAUAGGCAUCGGUUGGUGGUUUGGAGUAGCUGGUGUGGACAGGGCCGUAUAAUAGACACCGUUUCUUUCGAUCGUCUUAGACUUAUUCUCAACUUCUCUCAUGCGCAUACGCAUAAGGUGUGCCAACGGCAGGCACCCGUCACAAGAUAUUCGGCGGCGAAGAACUUCUCCCUCCCCUCAGCUCGCGGGAGCAGAAGCCCUCCACAAACGUUUAGAAGAGGAACAACCACCUUUGCUAGGAAAAAAAAGCUCGGUGCGAUCGCAACAGGCAGGAUUCGCGCAUAUGGUGGUACGUCGAUGCCCCGUUACUAUUACUUUGGCGUGGAGUUUACUUGCCUUUACCGCACAGAGGACGGUAGAAAUCACCGGCGGCGGCGGGUCAUGAUGUUUGCAACGGAUGUUCAGCAUGACCUCAUCACGUGGCUGCAGUUCUUAUCAGAUGUAGAAGUUAAAAAGGUUCGAGAAACCGUAUGUGGAGGGGGUUCUCAGGGAACGAAGCGCGCGCGGAAGUCUAAGCAGUGUAUGAGUCCGAACGUUAGUUACUUUCUCAAUGAAAGUGAUUGCACUGCCGUAGACACUAGUAAUGAGACGUCAUUGGCUUCGUCAUCUCCACUAGACAUUGACACCACGAUGGAUCCCGCGGUAGCGCCGUCGAGGGCGUCCGAUCGUGAGGUUGAGGCGCCCGGCCAAUCAAUAUUUUCCCUUUUUUCUAGCACGGUAACCGAUCCCACAAAGAGUCCAUCACCACAGCCCAUAGAAAAGGAGCAAUCCGAGGAAGUCAUAAGUAACGGGUCGCUUCUCGACAUAUCCCUUCACAACAACGAGCCACCACAACUGGCAGCUAGGCCUCACACACCAAAAAAAAAGAAAGCAUCACUAAAAAAAGUAAAGAAGAAAACAUACGAGGAGCUUAGGAAUGAGCGAAUGAUGAGGGAAAAUACCGAGCUCAAAAGAAAGAAUGAAGAGUUAAAAAAGGAAAUUAAAGUGGCAACAGAUAAAAUAACAGAACUGCAACGAAAUCUUCAAGCAUCAGAGAGAACGAAUAGAUACGCGGAAGAAGAAUGCGAGCACCUCAGAGACAGUUUGCUUAAAGUAGAAAAACAAAAAGCCAACCUAGCAAAAAAACUAAGUGAAUCAACAGGAAACGAAUUUCAACUACAAAAGCAGGCUGUCGAACUUCACGCAACGUUAGAAGAACAGGCUGCUUGCAUCCGUGCGCUGAGUGAGCAAAUUACUGCCGCCGACGCCUACUUGCGAGACGCGGAGGGCGAGUGUGGUUCACUGGCUGGGUUGCUUGGUCUCUCCCCAGCAGAAGAUGGUGGCGACCUCGGGACUGGUAGUGCUGGUUUGUCAUUGUCGAAUGGCGCGCUACGCAUAGCGGAGAGACUGCGGUUGGCGUGCAGUGCGGUACACGACCUGGAGCAAGAACUGAAGGCCAGUGGGGAGCGUGAGCGUGCCUCUAUAGAGGAAUGUGAUCGAUUACGUAAUGAACUACAGAAGCUGGAGUCGCAGCGUUCUGAUCUGGAGGAGAGUCUGAAUGCAGCCGAGGCGUUGGAGUGUGCGUUACGGCGCCAGCUACACGAGUCCCUAGAGGAGGUACGCAGUGCUGAGAAUGCAUUGAGUGCUGCGGAGCAGGCGUUGCGUUGCAUACCGAGUGGGAUGGAUCAGUACGCACGGGAUGCCGAUGGCGGUUCUGUUUCUAAUGAUGAUAGCCGUGAACUGCCGACACUUGCGCUGCCAGCGCGCAUUGAGGGCGUGACCCGUCAGGCAUGCGAAUUCCGCGAUGAGAUGUACAAACGACACCAGGAGCUGUUGGACUUGGUUGCUAGAGGCGUGUGCAACGAGGAUGCUCUUGCCCGUGUGCGUGAGCUGCGUUGUGCGAAGGAGGCUGUGGAGACGGAGCUGCAGGAUACGCUAAGGGAAGCUGAGAAGCGGCUGUGUGUGGUGACCGCGUGUGAGGGUGUGCUUGGCGAGACUUUGUGCAGUGACGUUGUUGAGCAGCGCCAGGCAGAGCUGCUGUGCGCCCUGCGUGCAGACGUUGCAGAGGCCUGCGGUGUUUCGGGUAGUCAUGUGAUUGAUGCUACGAUAGCUGAUGAUGGUUCGAAUGUGACUUUUCGUGUGGCUCACCCAUACUGUGUCCCCGCAGCGGCUGUGCUGGCAAGGGUAGAUUCAUGCGCUUUCGACCGCGUACGGCGCGUCAACAAGUGGUCUUGUGGUGACUCUGAGGCGGUGUCCUUUGCCGAAGAAGAUGAGGCGGAGCGUGAGUUUGUUGCAGUUGGGACCCCCGCUGGGGAGGCAUUUUUGGCUCGGAUAACCGAGUUGAGUGGGCGUUUCGCCUCUGUGAACGGUGAGCUGCGUGCAGCAGAGGACGCGCUUGCGGAGCGACCCGCUGUUGUGGUGUGUGGGUUGGAGCAGCGCGUUUCGGAGACUAAUGCCACUGUGGAGGAACAGGCUGCUUGCAUCCGUGCGCUGAGUGAGCAAAUUGCUGCCGCCGACGCCUACUUGCGAGACGCGGAGGGCGAGUGUGGUUCACUGGCUGGGUUGCUUGGUCUCUCCCCAGCAGAAGAUGGUGGCGACCUCGGGACUGGUAGUGCUGGUUUGUCAUUGUCGAAUGGCGCGCUACGCAUAGCGGAGAGACUGCGGUUGGCGUGCAGUGCGGUACACGACCUGGAGCAAGAACUGAAGGCCAGUGGGGAGCGUGAGCGUGCCUCUAUAGAGGAAUGUGAUCGAUUACGUAAUGAACUACAGAAGCUGGAGUCGCAGCGUUCUGAUCUGGAGGAGAGUCUGAAUGCAGCCGAGGCGUUGGAGUGUGCGUUACGGCGCCAGCUACACGAGUCCCUAGAGGAGGUACGCAGUGCUGAGAAUGCAUUGAGUGCUGCGGAGCAGGCGUUGCGUUGCAUACCGAGUGGGAUGGAUCAGUACGCACGGGAUGCCGAUGGCGGUUCUGUUUCUAAUGAUGAUAGCCGUGAACUGCCGACACUUGCGCUGCCAGCGCGCAUUGAGGGCGUGACCCGUCAGGCAUGCGAAUUCCGCGAUGAGAUGUACAAACGACACCAGGAGCUGUUGGACUUGGUUGCUAGAGGCGUGUGCAACGAGGAUGCUCUUGCCCGUGUGCGUGAGCUGCGUUGUGCGAAGGAGGCUGUGGAGACGGAGCUGCAGGAUACGCUAAGGGAAGCUGAGAAGCGGCUGUGUGUGGUGACCGCGUGUGAGGGUGUGCUUGGCGAGACUUUGUGCAGUGACGUUGUUGAGCAGCGCCAGGCAGAGCUGCUGUGCGCCCUGCGUGCAGACGUUGCAGAGGCUUGCGGUGUUUCGGGUAGUCAUGUGAUUGAUGCUACGAUAGCUGAUGAUGGUUCGAAUGUGACUUUUCGUGUGGCUCACCCAUACUGUGUCCCCGCAGCGGCUGUGCUGGCAAGGGUAGAUUCAUGCGCUUUCGACCGCGUACGGCGCGUCAACAAGUGGUCUUGUGGUGACUCUGAGGCGGUGUCCUUUGCCGAAGAAGAUGAGGCGGAGCGUGAGUUUGUUGCAGUUGGGACCCCCGCUGGGGAGGCAUUUUUGGCUCGGAUAACCGAGUUGAGUGGGCGUUUCGCCUCUGUGAACGGUGAGCUGCGUGCAGCAGAGGACGCGCUUGCGGAGCGACCCGCUGUUGUGGUGUGUGGGUUGGAGCAGCGCGUUUCGGAGACUAAUGCCACUGUGGAGGAACAGGCUGCUUGCAUCCGUGCGCUGAGUGAGCAAAUUGCUGCCGCCGACGCCUACUUGCGAGAUGCGGAGGGCGAGUGUGGUUCACUGGCUGGGUUGCUUGGUCUCUCCCCAGCAGAAGAUGGUGGCGACCUCGGGACUGGUAGUGCUGGUUUGUCAUUGUCGAAUGGCGCGCUACGCAUAGCGGAGAGACUGCGGUUGGCGUGCAGUGCGGUACACGACCUGGAGCAAGAACUGAAGGCCAGUGGGGAGCGUGAGCGUGCCUCUAUAGAGGAAUGUGAUCGAUUACGUAAUGAACUACAGAAGCUGGAGUCGCAGCGUUCUGAUCUGGAGGAGAGUCUGAAUGCAGCCGAGGCGUUGGAGUGUGCGUUACGGCGCCAGCUACACGAGUCCCUAGAGGAGGUACGCAGUGCUGAGAAUGCAUUGAGUGCUGCGGAGCAGGCGUUGCGUUGCAUACCGAGUGGGAUGGAUCAGUACGCACGGGAUGCCGAUGGCGGUUCUGUUUCUAAUGAUGAUAGCCGUGAACUGCCGACACUUGCGCUGCCAGCGCGCAUUGAGGGCGUGACCCGUCAGGCAUGCGAAUUCCGCGAUGAGAUGUACAAACGACACCAGGAGCUGUUGGACUUGGUUGCUAGAGGCGUGUGCAACGAGGAUGCUCUUGCCCGUGUGCGUGAGCUGCGUUGUGCGAAGGAGGCUGUGGAGACGGAGCUGCAGGAUACGCUAAGGGAAGCUGAGAAGCGGCUGUGUGUGGUGACCGCGUGUGAGGGUGUGCUUGGCGAGACUUUGUGCAGUGACGUUGUUGAGCAGCGCCAGGCAGAGCUGCUGUGCGCCCUGCGUGCAGACGUUGCAGAGGCCUGCGGUGUUUCGGGUAGUCAUGUGAUUGAUGCUACGAUAGCUGAUGAUGGUUCGAAUGUGACUUUUCGUGUGGCUCACCCAUACUGUGUCCCCGCAGCGGCUGUGCUGGCAAGGGUAGAUUCAUGCGCUUUCGACCGCGUACGGCGCGUCAACAAGUGGUCUUGUGGUGACUCUGAGGCGGUGUCCUUUGCCGAAGAAGAUGAGGCGGAGCGUGAGUUUGUUGCAGUUGGGACCCCCGCUGGGGAGGCAUUUUUGGCUCGGAUAACCGAGUUGAGUGGGCGUUUCGCCUCUGUGAACGGUGAGCUGCGUGCAGCAGAGGACGCGCUUGCGGAGCGACCCGCUGUUGUGGUGUGUGGGUUGGAGCAGCGCGUUUCGGAGACUAAUGCCACUGUGGAGGAACAGGCUGCUUGCAUCCGUGCGCUGAGUGAGCAAAUUGCUGCCGCCGACGCCUACUUGCGAGAUGCGGAGGGCGAGUGUGGUUCACUGGCUGGGUUGCUUGGUCUCUCCCCAGCAGAAGAUGGUGGCGACCUCGGGACUGGUAGUGCUGGUUUGUCAUUGUCGAAUGGCGCGCUACGCAUAGCGGAGAGACUGCGGUUGGCGUGCAGUGCGGUACACGACCUGGAGCAAGAACUGAAGGCCAGUGGGGAGCGUGAGCGUGCCUCUAUAGAGGAAUGUGAUCGAUUACGUAAUGAACUACAGAAGCUGGAGUCGCAGCGUUCUGAUCUGGAGGAGAGUCUGAAUGCAGCCGAGGCGUUGGAGUGUGCGUUACGGCGCCAGCUACACGAGUCCCUAGAGGAGGUACGCAGUGCUGAGAAUGCAUUGAGUGCUGCGGAGCAGGCGUUGCGUUGCAUACCGAGUGGGAUGGAUCAGUAUGCACGGGAUGCCGAUGGCGGUUCUGUUUCUAAUGAUGAUAGCCGUGAACUGCCGACACUUGCGCUGCCAGCGCGCAUUGAGGGCGUGACCCGUCAGGCAUGCGAAUUCCGCGAUGAGAUGUACAAACGACACCAGGAGCUGUUGGACUUGGUUGCUAGAGGCGUGUGCAACGAGGAUGCUCUUGCCCGUGUGCGUGAGCUGCGUUGUGCGAAGGAGGCUGUGGAGACGGAGCUGCAGGAUACGCUAAGGGAAGCUGAGAAGCGGCUGUGUGUGGUGACCGCGUGUGAGGGUGUGCUUGGCGAGACUUUGUGCAGUGACGUUGUUGAGCAGCGCCAGGCAGAGCUGCUGUGCGCCCUGCGUGCAGACGUUGCAGAGGCCUGCGGUGUUUCGGGUAGUCAUGUGAUUGAUGCUACGAUAGCUGAUGAUGGUUCGAAUGUGACUUUUCGUGUGGCUCACCCAUACUGUGUCCCCGCAGCGGCUGUGCUGGCAAGGGUAGAUUCAUGCGCUUUCGACCGCGUACGGCGCGUCAACAAGUGGUCUUGUGGUGACUCUGAGGCGGUGUCCUUUGCCGAAGAAGAUGAGGCGGAGCGUGAGUUUGUUGCAGUUGGGACCCCCGCUGGGGAGGCAUUUUUGGCUCGGAUAACCGAGUUGAGUGGGCGUUUCGCCUCUGUGAACGGUGAGCUGCGUGCAGCAGAGGACGCGCUUGCGGAGCGACCCGCUGUUGUGGUGUGUGGGUUGGAGCAGCGCGUUUCGGAGACUAAUGCCACUGUGGAGGAACAGGCUGCUUGCAUCCGUGCGCUGAGUGAGCAAAUUGCUGCCGCCGACGCCUACUUGCGAGAUGCGGAGGGCGAGUGUGGUUCACUGGCUGGGUUGCUUGGUCUCUCCCCAGCAGAAGAUGGUGGCGACCUCGGGACUGGUAGUGCUGGUUUGUCAUUGUCGAAUGGCGCGCUACGCAUAGCGGAGAGACUGCGGUUGGCGUGCAGUGCGGUACACGACCUGGAGCAAGAACUGAAGGCCAGUGGGGAGCGUGAGCGUGCCUCUAUAGAGGAAUGUGAUCGAUUACGUAAUGAACUACAGAAGCUGGAGUCGCAGCGUUCUGAUCUGGAGGAGAGUCUGAAUGCAGCCGAGGCGUUGGAGUGUGCGUUACGGCGCCAGCUACACGAGUCCCUAGAGGAGGUACGCAGUGCUGAGAAUGCAUUGAGUGCUGCGGAGCAGGCGUUGCGUUGCAUACCGAGUGGGAUGGAUCAGUAUGCACGGGAUGCCGAUGGCGGUUCUGUUUCUAAUGAUGAUAGCCGUGAACUGCCGACACUUGCGCUGCCAGCGCGCAUUGAGGGCGUGACCCGUCAGGCAUGCGAAUUCCGCGAUGAGAUGUACAAACGACACCAGGAGCUGUUGGACUUGGUUGCUAGAGGCGUGUGCAACGAGGAUGCUCUUGCCCGUGUGCGUGAGCUGCGUUGUGCGAAGGAGGCUGUGGAGACGGAGCUGCAGGAUACGCUAAGGGAAGCUGAGAAGCGGCUGUGUGUGGUGACCGCGUGUGAGGGUGUGCUUGGCGAGACUUUGUGCAGUGACGUUGUUGAGCAGCGCCAGGCAGAGCUGCUGUGCGCCCUGCGUGCAGACGUUGCAGAGGCCUGCGGUGUUUCGGGUAGUCAUGUGAUUGAUGCUACGAUAGCUGAUGAUGGUUCGAAUGUGACUUUUCGUGUGGCUCACCCAUACUGUGUCCCCGCAGCGGCUGUGCUGGCAAGGGUAGAUUCAUGCGCUUUCGACCGCGUACGGCGCGUCAACAAGUGGUCUUGUGGUGACUCUGAGGCGGUGUCCUUUGCCGAAGAAGAUGAGGCGGAGCGUGAGUUUGUUGCAGUUGGGACCCCCGCUGGGGAGGCAUUUUUGGCUCGGAUAACCGAGUUGAGUGGGCGUUUCGCCUCUGUGAACGGUGAGCUGCGUGCAGCAGAGGACGCGCUUGCGGAGCGACCCGCUGUUGUGGUGUGUGGGUUGGAGCAGCGCGUUUCGGAGACUAAUGCCACUGUGGAGGAACAGGCUGCUUGCAUCCGUGCGCUGAGUGAGCAAAUUGCUGCCGCCGACGCCUACUUGCGAGAUGCGGAGGGCGAGUGUGGUUCACUGGCUGGGUUGCUUGGUCUCUCCCCAGCAGAAGAUGGUGGCGACCUCGGGACUGGUAGUGCUGGUUUGUCAUUGUCGAAUGGCGCGCUACGCAUAGCGGAGAGACUGCGGUUGGCGUGCAGUGCGGUACACGACCUGGAGCAAGAACUGAAGGCCAGUGGGGAGCGUGAGCGUGCCUCUAUAGAGGAAUGUGAUCGAUUACGUAAUGAACUACAGAAGCUGGAGUCGCAGCGUUCUGAUCUGGAGGAGAGUCUGAAUGCAGCCGAGGCGUUGGAGUGUGCGUUACGGCGCCAGCUACACGAGUCCCUAGAGGAGGUACGCAGUGCUGAGAAUGCAUUGAGUGCUGCGGAGCAGGCGUUGCGUUGCAUACCGAGUGGGAUGGAUCAGUACGCACGGGAUGCCGAUGGCGGUUCUGUUUCUAAUGAUGAUAGCCGUGAACUGCCGACACUUGCGCUGCCAGCGCGCAUUGAGGGCGUGACCCGUCAGGCAUGCGAAUUCCGCGAUGAGAUGUACAAACGACACCAGGAGCUGUUGGACUUGGUUGCUAGAGGCGUGUGCAACGAGGAUGCUCUUGCCCGUGUGCGUGAGCUGCGUUGUGCGAAGGAGGCUGUGGAGACGGAGCUGCAGGAUACGCUAAGGGAAGCUGAGAAGCGGCUGUGUGUGGUGACCGCGUGUGAGGGUGUGCUUGGCGAGACUUUGUGCAGUGACGUUGUUGAGCAGCGCCAGGCAGAGCUGCUGUGCGCCCUGCGUGCAGACGUUGCAGAGGCCUGCGGUGUUUCGGGUAGUCAUGUGAUUGAUGCUACGAUAGCUGAUGAUGGUUCGAAUGUGACUUUUCGUGUGGCUCACCCAUACUGUGUCCCCGCAGCGGCUGUGCUGGCAAGGGUAGAUUCAUGCGCUUUCGACCGCGUACGGCGCGUCAACAAGUGGUCUUGUGGUGACUCUGAGGCGGUGUCCUUUGCCGAAGAAGAUGAGGCGGAGCGUGAGUUUGUUGCAGUUGGGACCCCCGCUGGGGAGGCAUUUUUGGCUCGGAUAACCGAGUUGAGUGGGCGUUUCGCCUCUGUGAACGGUGAGCUGCGUGCAGCAGAGGACGCGCUUGCGGAGCGACCCGCUGUUGUGGUGUGUGGGUUGGAGCAGCGCGUUUCGGAGACUAAUGCCACUGUGGAGGAACAGGCUGCUUGCAUCCGUGCGCUGAGUGAGCAAAUUGCUGCCGCCGACGCCUACUUGCGAGACGCGGAGGGCGAGUGUGGUUCACUGGCUGGGUUGCUUGGUCUCUCCCCAGCAGAAGAUGGUGGCGACCUCGGGACUGGUAGUGCUGGUUUGUCAUUGUCGAAUGGCGCGCUACGCAUAGCGGAGAGACUGCGGUUGGCGUGCAGUGCGGUACACGACCUGGAGCAAGAACUGAAGGCCAGUGGGGAGCGUGAGCGUGCCUCUAUAGAGGAAUGUGAUCGAUUACGUAAUGAACUACAGAAGCUGGAGUCGCAGCGUUCUGAUCUGGAGGAGAGUCUGAAUGCAGCCGAGGCGUUGGAGUGUGCGUUACGGCGCCAGCUACACGAGUCCCUAGAGGAGGUACGCAGUGCUGAGAAUGCAUUGAGUGCUGCGGAGCAGGCGUUGCGUUGCAUACCGAGUGGGAUGGAUCAGUAUGCACGGGAUGCCGAUGGCGGUUCUGUUUCUAAUGAUGAUAGCCGUGAACUGCCGACACUUGCGCUGCCAGCGCGCAUUGAGGGCGUGACCCGUCAGGCAUGCGAAUUCCGCGAUGAGAUGUACAAACGACACCAGGAGCUGUUGGACUUGGUUGCUAGAGGCGUGUGCAACGAGGAUGCUCUUGCCCGUGUGCGUGAGCUGCGUUGUGCGAAGGAGGCUGUGGAGACGGAGCUGCAGGAUACGCUAAGGGAAGCUGAGAAGCGGCUGUGUGUGGUGACCGCGUGUGAGGGUGUGCUUGGCGAGACUUUGUGCAGUGACGUUGUUGAGCAGCGCCAGGCAGAGCUGCUGUGCGCCCUGCGUGCAGACGUUGCAGAGGCUUGCGGUGUUUCGGGUAGUCAUGUGAUUGAUGCUACGAUAGCUGAUGAUGGUUCGAAUGUGACUUUUCGUGUGGCUCACCCAUACUGUGUCCCCGCAGCGGCUGUGCUGGCAAGGGUAGAUUCAUGCGCUUUCGACCGCGUACGGCGCGUCAACAAGUGGUCUUGUGGUGACUCUGAGGCGGUGUCCUUUGCCGAAGAAGAUGAGGCGGAGCGUGAGUUUGUUGCAGUUGGGACCCCCGCUGGGGAGGCAUUUUUGGCUCGGAUAACCGAGUUGAGUGGGCGUUUCGCCUCUGUGAACGGUGAGCUGCGUGCAGCAGAGGACGCGCUUGCGGAGCGACCCGCUGUUGUGGUGUGUGGGUUGGAGCAGCGCGUUUCGGAGACUAAUGCCACUGUGGAGGAACAGGCUGCUUGCAUCCGUGCGCUGAGUGAGCAAAUUGCUGCCGCCGACGCCUACUUGCGAGAUGCGGAGGGCGAGUGUGGUUCACUGGCUGGGUUGCUUGGUCUCUCCCCAGCAGAAGAUGGUGGCGACCUCGGGACUGGUAGUGGUGGUUUGUCAUUGUCGAAUGGCGCGCUACGCAUAGCGGAGAGACUGCGGUUGGCGUGCAGUGCGGUACACGACCUGGAGCAAGAACUGAAGGCCAGUGGGGAGCGUGAGCGUGCCUCUAUAGAGGAAUGUGAUCGAUUACGUAAUGAACUACAGAAGCUGGAGUCGCAGCGUUCUGAUCUGGAGGAGAGUCUGAAUGCAGCCGAGGCGUUGGAGUGUGCGUUACGGCGCCAGCUACACGAGUCCCUAGAGGAGGUACGCAGUGCUGAGAAUGCAUUGAGUGCUGCGGAGCAGGCGUUGCGUUGCAUACCGAGUGGGAUGGAUCAGUACGCACGGGAUGCCGAUGGCGGUUCUGUUUCUAAUGAUGAUAGCCGUGAACUGCCGACACUUGCGCUGCCAGCGCGCAUUGAGGGCGUGACCCGUCAGGCAUGCGAAUUCCGCGAUGAGAUGUACAAACGACACCAGGAGCUGUUGGACUUGGUUGCUAGAGGCGUGUGCAACGAGGAUGCUCUUGCCCGUGUGCGUGAGCUGCGUUGUGCGAAGGAGGCUGUGGAGACGGAGCUGCAGGAUACGCUAAGGGAAGCUGAGAAGCGGCUGUGUGUGGUGACCGCGUGUGAGGGUGUGCUUGGCGAGACUUUGUGCAGUGACGUUGUUGAGCAGCGCCAGGCAGAGCUGCUGUGCGCCCUGCGUGCAGACGUUGCAGAGGCCUGCGGUGUUUCGGGUAGUCAUGUGAUUGAUGCUACGAUAGCUGAUGAUGGUUCGAAUGUGACUUUUCGUGUGGCUCACCCAUACUGUGUCCCCGCAGCGGCUGUGCUGGCAAGGGUAGAUUCAUGCGCUUUCGACCGCGUACGGCGCGUCAACAAGUGGUCUUGUGGUGACUCUGAGGCGGUGUCCUUUGCCGAAGAAGAUGAGGCGGAGCGUGAGUUUGUUGCAGUUGGGACCCCCGCUGGGGAGGCAUUUUUGGCUCGGAUAACCGAGUUGAGUGGGCGUUUCGCCUCUGUGAACGGUGAGCUGCGUGCAGCAGAGGACGCGCUUGCGGAGCGACCCGCUGUUGUGGUGUGUGGGUUGGAGCAGCGCGUUUCGGAGACUAAUGCCACUGUGGAGGAACAGGCUGCUUGCAUCCGUGCGCUGAGUGAGCAAAUUGCUGCCGCCGACGCCUACUUGCGAGAUGCGGAGGGCGAGUGUGGUUCACUGGCUGGGUUGCUUGGUCUCUCCCCAGCAGAAGAUGGUGGCGACCUCGGGACUGGUAGUGCUGGUUUGUCAUUGUCGAAUGGCGCGCUACGCAUAGCGGAGAGACUGCGGUUGGCGUGCAGUGCGGUACACGACCUGGAGCAAGAACUGAAGGCCAGUGGGGAGCGUGAGCGUGCCUCUAUAGAGGAAUGUGAUCGAUUACGUAAUGAACUACAGAAGCUGGAGUCGCAGCGUUCUGAUCUGGAGGAGAGUCUGAAUGCAGCCGAGGCGUUGGAGUGUGCGUUACGGCGCCAGCUACACGAGUCCCUAGAGGAGGUACGCAGUGCUGAGAAUGCAUUGAGUGCUGCGGAGCAGGCGUUGCGUUGCAUACCGAGUGGGAUGGAUCAGUACGCACGGGAUGCCGAUGGCGGUUCUGUUUCUAAUGAUGAUAGCCGUGAACUGCCGACACUUGCGCUGCCAGCGCGCAUUGAGGGCGUGACCCGUCAGGCAUGCGAAUUCCGCGAUGAGAUGUACAAACGACACCAGGAGCUGUUGGACUUGGUUGCUAGAGGCGUGUGCAACGAGGAUGCUCUUGCCCGUGUGCGUGAGCUGCGUUGUGCGAAGGAGGCUGUGGAGACGGAGCUGCAGGAUACGCUAAGGGAAGCUGAGAAGCGGCUGUGUGUGGUGACCGCGUGUGAGGGUGUGCUUGGCGAGACUUUGUGCAGUGACGUUGUUGAGCAGCGCCAGGCAGAGCUGCUGUGCGCCCUGCGUGCAGACGUUGCAGAGGCCUGCGGUGUUUCGGGUAGUCAUGUGAUUGAUGCUACGAUAGCUGAUGAUGGUUCGAAUGUGACUUUUCGUGUGGCUCACCCAUACUGUGUCCCCGCAGCGGCUGUGCUGGCAAGGGUAGAUUCAUGCGCUUUCGACCGCGUACGGCGCGUCAACAAGUGGUCUUGUGGUGACUCUGAGGCGGUGUCCUUUGCCGAAGAAGAUGAGGCGGAGCGUGAGUUUGUUGCAGUUGGGACCCCCGCUGGGGAGGCAUUUUUGGCUCGGAUAACCGAGUUGAGUGGGCGUUUCGCCUCUGUGAACGGUGAGCUGCGUGCAGCAGAGGACGCGCUUGCGGAGCGACCCGCUGUUGUGGUGUGUGGGUUGGAGCAGCGCGUUUCGGAGACUAAUGCCACUGUGGAGGAACAGGCUGCUUGCAUCCGUGCGCUGAGUGAGCAAAUUGCUGCCGCCGACGCCUACUUGCGAGAUGCGGAGGGCGAGUGUGGUUCACUGGCUGGGUUGCUUGGUCUCUCCCCAGCAGAAGAUGGUGGCGACCUCGGGACUGGUAGUGCUGGUUUGUCAUUGUCGAAUGGCGCGCUACGCAUAGCGGAGAGACUGCGGUUGGCGUGCAGUGCGGUACACGACCUGGAGCAAGAACUGAAGGCCAGUGGGGAGCGUGAGCGUGCCUCUAUAGAGGAAUGUGAUCGAUUACGUAAUGAACUACAGAAGCUGGAGUCGCAGCGUUCUGAUCUGGAGGAGAGUCUGAAUGCAGCCGAGGCGUUGGAGUGUGCGUUACGGCGCCAGCUACACGAGUCCCUAGAGGAGGUACGCAGUGCUGAGAAUGCAUUGAGUGCUGCGGAGCAGGCGUUGCGUUGCAUACCGAGUGGGAUGGAUCAGUACGCACGGGAUGCCGAUGGCGGUUCUGUUUCUAAUGAUGAUAGCCGUGAACUGCCGACACUUGCGCUGCCAGCGCGCAUUGAGGGCGUGACCCGUCAGGCAUGCGAAUUCCGCGGUGAGAUGUACAAACGACACCAGGAGCUGUUGGACUUGGUUGCUAGAGGCGUGUGCAACGAGGAUGCUCUUGCCCGUGUGCGUGAGCUGCGUUGUGCGAAGGAGGCUGUGGAGACGGAGCUGCAGGAUACGCUAAGGGAAGCUGAGAAGCGGCUGUGUGUGGUGACCGCGUGUGAGGGUGUGCUUGGCGAGACUUUGUGCAGUGACGUUGUUGAGCAGCGCCAGGCAGAGCUGCUGUGCGCCCUGCGUGCAGACGUUGCAGAGGCCUGCGGUGUUUCGGGUAGUCAUGUGAUUGAUGCUACGAUAGCUGAUGAUGGUUCGAAUGUGACUUUUCGUGUGGCUCACCCAUACUGUGUCCCCGCAGCGGCUGUGCUGGCAAGGGUAGAUUCAUGCGCUUUCGACCGCGUACGGCGCGUCAACAAGUGGUCUUGUGGUGACUCUGAGGCGGUGUCCUUUGCCGAAGAAGAUGAGGCGGAGCGUGAGUUUGUUGCAGUUGGGACCCCCGCUGGGGAGGCAUUUUUGGCUCGGAUAACCGAGUUGAGUGGGCGUUUCGCCUCUGUGAACGGUGAGCUGCGUGCAGCAGAGGACGCGCUUGCGGAGCGACCCGCUGUUGUGGUGUGUGGGUUGGAGCAGCGCGUUUCGGAGACUAAUGCCACUGUGGAGGAACAGGCUGCUUGCAUCCGUGCGCUGAGUGAGCAAAUUGCUGCCGCCGACGCCUACUUGCGAGACGCGGAGGGCGAGUGUGGUUCACUGGCUGGGUUGCUUGGUCUCUCCCCAGCAGAAGAUGGUGGCGACCUCGGGACUGGUAGUGCUGGUUUGUCAUUGUCGAAUGGCGCGCUACGCAUAGCGGAGAGACUGCGGUUGGCGUGCAGUGCGGUACACGACCUGGAGCAAGAACUGAAGGCCAGUGGGGAGCGUGAGCGUGCCUCUAUAGAGGAAUGUGAUCGAUUACGUAAUGAACUACAGAAGCUGGAGUCGCAGCGUUCUGAUCUGGAGGAGAGUCUGAAUGCAGCCGAGAUACCGGAACAGAUUUUGAGGGGUCAUGUUGAUUCUUUUUUGUGUCGUGUUUUUACGUCGUUGAAGUGUUUGCGUGAUGUUGUUGCUGGUUUUGCUGUGUUUAUGUGUUCUGAUGUUGAUGUUGAUGGGAGCCCGUUUCUUUCUUUUGGUCAGGAGGGAACAUUGGAGAAGAAUAUUGAUUUGUCGCUGUAUCGUUUAGAAUUACUUGUUCCAACUAUUGAUGUUUUAUGUCGUGGGCUUGUUGGGUUGUGUCGUUUUUAUGAGGCUGAUCGUUUGUCACUGAUGAAUGGAUUGACUGGUCUUGGGGUAGAGCCGGGUGGUCUGGUAUUGAAUUCGGUUAUUCCUUGCGCUGAUGCUCGACGUUCUUUGAGUGGCACUCUUGUUGAUAUUGUUUCUGCUGCUGGCGAUAUAUCCGUUGUAGGUGAUUUCGGAGGUAAUGAUAACUCUGUUGCAGAAGGUGGAACUAAAUCGUUGUUGCAGGCGGUCGGGGUUUGGCAGACUUCCGUUGAGGAGUUUUCUGCUGAGGAGCAGUGUUCUUAUUCAAAAGUUGUUGCGGGUAUUGUUGGAGGUUUUCGAGAUGAGGGGAUAGCUGCCCGUCGCGCCCUGGUUAAUGUGCGUAAGGCGCUUGAAGGUAAGGUGCCCUGUAGGGAUGAUGUUAUCGAUGGUAAUGUUGUUGCCUCUCAAGGAAGUGAUUUGGAGACCAGUGAAGGAAGGGAGGUUGUACGCCUGAUUGCAGAGCAGAGGAAGUCGGUUUUAUUUGCUUUGACCUCUUUGUUGUCAUCCGUGUCGGCCGACGGAGUUGAAAGGGCUAUGAGAUUAAGUAAGAAUGUUCCCUUCAGUGAUUUAGUGUUGUUGUUGCGCCACGAGUGCGUAAACGUUUCCAAAGCGUUUAUGUCACUUAAUGCAAUUGUCCAGGAGGGUAGCAACAUUGCAAUUGUUACCUCUGGGGAAAGUGGUGAGAGUAGCCAGCCGGGGUCGUCAGUGACCGGGUUUACUGAGGUGAAAGGUGAUAACGUGGUGCCAUCGAAGACGUCUGCCGCCAUUGAAAACGUCUCGUCACCAGACCUCGCCCCUUCACAGUCAGCCGGGGGAGAGGGCGGAAAACUUCACACGGGAAAGGGACCCGCUUCCGCAUCUGAUUCUGCUAUGGAUUCUACCGUUGCUUCCGCCGGGAUAUGUGCGGUUGAUGGGAUGCCGUCGCACUCAACCUCACUGUCUCGGUGCCCUAGUGUCGCUGCUGAAGACACGGAUGAGAGGGCCGACUUGCUGUUUUCCCUUAGAGACUUCGUUGAGGCCGAAGAAGCUUCUGGGAAGCCGCUCGCAAUCGUUCAACAGGUGCGUGAGCACAUUCAUGCCCGUACCGAGGAGCUUCAGCAGCUUCGUACUGCUGCAGUAAAGAGUGUGGAGACGCUCAGUGGUGAUCCACUUCCAGCCGGUGCUAAGCCUUAUGAUGUAGCCGGCGCACUACUAGCAGCUGUGAAGACAACGAGCGACUCUAUUGGUGGCGUCCACGCAUUGCUGUCCGGUGUCACUUUGGAGGAAGCUCCAGCCCAAGCGACACGUUCACUUAAACCGAAGGCGAAACCUCAACCGGUAGGUCGUUGCAACUCCUCGAUAGUGCUUUCGCUAAAGCGUGCCGUCUUGCUGAAUCCUCGCCUUGCGCAGGCCGGUGGGAGGAGGUCCCGUGAAAGCGUGCAAAUGGGGUUAAGCACGGCUUCUCGCUCUGCUGGAAACCGCAGUUCGGUGUCGGGAAAUUCAAGUUCAGGAGGGGGAGGCGCAUCCGUCGGCCCGCAGAAGCUACAUGAACUCAUCAAAGCUAUCGAGAGCAAGCUAAAGAUUGUCCAACAUACAAGGGACACAUGCAGUGUUUGUCUGUAUCUUUUGGGCGACAAAGAGGGAGGGAACGUCCCUGCUGAGGAACUGCCGACUCGCCUCUUGCUGCAAGCACAGGACUUAUUCUCCGGACUGACGCAAAUACAGAACUUGGAUUUAGGUGACGAAGACGAUGAGCCCAACGCCGAUGACAAGUCAAGCGAGGGGAAUUCUUUGGUUGGCAAGCCGUCUUGGAUAACCUCAAGGCUGCUGAAAGUUGCUAAGGUCUUUAGGUCGCUUCAGUAUAUCAACGAGUCUAUGAAACAAAGGGAGGCUGUCGCUGAAAAGCAGAGAAGCUUCUUGCUACUGGAUGUAAAUGAAUUACGGAACACCCAUGCGGAAGAAAAGCGGCGGCUUCAAGAUAUGCUGGAGGGUGCGAAGGUGCAGCUGCGGGAGCGCGACCUUAAUAUCAAAGACAUGCAGCAGCAGAAUGCUAUUUUGCGGGCGGAUUACGACAAAGCCUGCGCGGAAAGUAAGCAUAUGACUCUAGAGUUGAAUGAUAUGCGCGGAACGCUGGAUGAUCUUCAGCAUUGGUUGGAGGGCGUAGAAAUGGCCGCUGGGGUUGUGCGCAGGUCAUCAGCUGCUGUCUGGGGACAGAUUUGUAGCGUUGAGCAGAAGUUGACAGAAAGAUUAUCCGCAUUUAUUCCUACAGAUCACGGGCGCUAUAGGCGAACGAGUAAAACUAACGUAGAAGAGAAAAUGGAGGUGUCGCUAACCGCAAGAGAAACCGGGGGGGAAGUGGAGUUGGUACCUGUUUCGGGUGGAAAGCUAGUGGUACAGCUGGUUGAGGAUAGCGCUAGCUGCUUGAGACAAUGUGAGGAGUCUCUUCAACUGUUGGAGCGUCCUCUUAUUCUCGUGCCUGCCUUGAGUGAAUGGAUAAAGCAACAAUACUUGUCUCUAAAAGACAAUGUAUCACACGCUGAGGAGGAGGUUCGCUCAAUCCUGCGCAGUUGCUACCGGAGUGCGGCCGAUCUGCUAUAUGAUAAACUCCGUGCCGUGCAGCGUCACAGGGAGGCGGAGCUUGAACUUGAUGCGUCCCAUGCACGCUGGCAAGGGCGGUUGCGGGAUAUUGAGGCAGCUCACAAGGAACACACUGCUGUACUGAACCGCCGGCUGGCAACAAUGUGGGACUUGACUACUCAACAAGAUGUGCUGCGCGCCGAGACGGCCAGAUGGCAGGCCUGUGCGGAGGCGGCGGCAGAGGAAACGGAGCGCUUGCGAGUGUUGCUUCGUGCCGCUGAGUCCAGAGAGGUGCCCCAGCCUACUGAGGUUGUUAAAAUAAUAGAAGUUGAGCCACCUAGAGCACCAAAGCCAUCUACAAGGGAGGUUUCUAUUAUGACAGAUUUACUCAUUGUUGAGGAGCCUGCUGUACCCGAUUACGAUGAGGCAACUGAUGUGUUGAAGAUACGGGCAGAGCUUUCAGAUGCUUUGGAAUAUGCCAAGCAUCAGGCGGAUGACGCUGCGCGCUGUCGCUCUUUGAUGCAGGAGCAACUCCACUUGUUGGAUGGUGGUCAGGGGGCGGUUGUGGAUCCGUCACUUUCGCUGGGAAAGUUGAUUGAAACACAUAAGAAGCGCCUCCUGAUGCACGUGGAUGAGCGUAGGAAACUUCUUGAAGCUUGGCAGACUGCGCAGCACAACAUUUCCCGGCUAAAACAGGAAAUCGAUGAAAGGGAGCGACAACGCAAGAAGGAAACACGAGAACUGGAGACACAAAUUAAGGAACUACGGGUGAGAGUGCAGCGAAAGCUCGAAAUGGAUAUGAUCACGGAGCGGCAAAUUGCGGAAGCAGAGCGAUCGAUUGACCGGGAGUUCGAGGAGUUGUGCCGCCGAGCCUUAAGCGGCCUGUCUGUAGCUGCGCAUUUGCAACAGUUGCGCAGUUCUCUGAUGGCGCGGAUACGCAUGCAAAUGGAGGCACAGCGCCCCAGACACUGA